UGUAUUUUUAAUCGACGGUAACUGAAGCUACCUUACACUUACAAUUAUAUAUGAGGUAUUCCACUUAACGCACCUGUUUUAAAACGCACCUAGUGGAACGCACCUAUUUUAUUCCACGAAACGCACCUACGAUAAAUUUUCGAUUAGAGAUGGGAUGCUAACUGAAACUAUCGAUAAUAAGUAAAAAAAAAUAUUUUAUAUAAUUUACAAAAAUGCUUUACUCCUCGACCAUAGAGUGUUUUUUAAAAUAAAGUAUUCCUGGUUAGUAUGGACGAAAACCAAAACCGAAAGUAUUACUACAAUACUCCCUUAAUCUCUGGCGAUACGGGGCGCGCGUGGCGCGGGAGCACACAGACACAAGCCGCAGCCCCGCCUCCCCAUUGUAUCCUUUCGCGUCACAGGUUGCGUUUACCGACUUCACACGAAUCUAGCCGAGCAUUUCCGGAACUUGUUUACGCAAAAUUGCAGUUUGUUUUGCUGUGUUUAGACUCAUAAGUUGCGCGAAUGUGUUAAGUGAAGUUGUGAAAGUGUAGUUAUUUAAAAAGUUUGUGCAGUUUUAACAUGGAACCAAUUGCUGGAACUAGUAAUAAAAGCGAGCUAAUUAAAUAUGUGAAAAGCAGAAAGGGCAAGAGAGUUUUAUUAUAUAAAAAUAAAACGCAUAGACUAAUUAAAAUGUAUAAAAAUGGGAACACUUUGUGGCGGUGUACUAUACAAGCAUGUGGUGCCGUGCUUACUCUCAGCAAAUAUGAAGAUGUUUUAAAGAACAACGAGCAUUUUUGUACGCAGAAUAAAGUAACACAAUUUGUACAAGAAGUCGUGGAUGACAUACAUCAAGAAGCCAUGUCCACCUUGGACCCUCUUCCUGAGGUUUAUAAAAGAAAGCUAAAUAAUUUACUAGACCAGGGAAUAAAUUUGACACAAGAUAUACCAGAAUUUAAAAAUGUUAAAACUACACUAUAUAACAAAAGAAAUAAAAGUCUUGGAGUCAAGCGCUUGUUUGGGAAAUCUCCAACAGAUGUACAAGUGCCAAACUCAUUUUGCAACUUCAUCCUUGCGGAUUAUAAUGACGGUAAAAGGAGGAUCCUUUUGUUUGCUACCCAGAAAAGUAAAGACGAAUUAGGGAGAUGUCGUCAUUUAUAUUGCGACGGAACUUUCAAAAGUGUGCCAAAACCAUUCAAACAACUCUACAGCAUCCACGGAGACAUAGACGGCGUUGUGAAACCAUUAGUGUAUGCUUUAUUAUGUGAUAAAAAGAAAUCAACUUACAAAUUAUUAUUUCAAUUGUUAAAAACAACAGUACCUAAUACGCAAGUAGAUUUUUUUAAAAGCGACUUUGAGGAAGCCGCAAUGAGCGGUUUUCUAGCAGUGUUUCCAAAUGCAGUUGUAAGUGGGUGUUUUUUUCACUAUAAACAAGCGCUUCGAAGAAAAUCUCGGGAUCUAGGUCUAUCCAAAAACAGCAUUUUUAGGAAACAUGUUGCUUUAUGCACUUUAUUACCUCAUUUACCUAUAACAGAUUUAGAUGAGGCAUGGCUUUAUAUAAUGAGUCAGUCUCCACAGGACAAAAAUGUCACAAAAUUUAACGAUUAUAUGGUUGCCCAAUGGUUAGAACACCGAUUUUGGAAAGGCAAAUUUACAUGUUACGGUGAAAAGAAUAAAACAAAUAAUUUUGUCGAAUCACAUUAUUCAGAAAUUAAUAAAAAAAUCAACCCAAAGGGCGGUGUAAAUUUAGCCAAACUGUUAAUAUACUUGCAAAACUACUGCAAUAAUUUUGCUGAAAUGAGAUUGAAAAUGAACAUUUCCGAAAAUCAAAAACAUGCCCAAGAAAGAAACAAUAUAAUUGAAAAUAUAUUAAAUCAAUACGUGACUGGCUCUAUCUCUAUAGGGCAUUGUCUGGAGAUGCUAAGAUUUUAAUAUUUUUUUUGUAGGAACGAUUAAUCAGUCAACGAAUUGAUAAUGCUUAUUCUGUGCUUUUUUAUAUUAAAGAUUAUUUAUUUUUUAUAUACUUACUGUUAGUAAUAAGAUUAUUGUUACUGUGAUUAUAAUAACCAUCUGUGAUUUUUUAUUAUAUUUAGUUAAAGGAGGUUUUUUUAUAUUUACUUUAGACUAUUAGCUUUAAGGUGACUGUGAUUGCAAACCAGAAGGAUUUAAUAGCGUUUUUAUUAUUUAAGACAGCGAAACAAUCUGGUUUUUUUUUGUAAUUUUAU